AUGGCUACAAUAUCAAUUAACGGUACUACAAAACAAAAAGCACGUUUAGAUAUAGAUGGUUUCUCAUAUAUAAAAGAUCGCAUUACGAAUGAAAAAACAUAUUGGCGUUGUAUUAAUUAUUCUUCUCAAAAUUGUCACUCUCGUCUUCAUACAUGUAUUAUUACGAACAAUAUUAUGAAACCUGCUACUGAACUUAGUUGUAAAACUGAUGGUACAGCAAUUGAACUUCGUAAAUUUGACGAACAAAUCGUUUAUCGUGCGCUUAACACUUAA